AUGGAGGAGGUGGUAGAGGAGGUGAUGGAGGAGGUGAUGGAGGAGGUGGUGGAGGAGGUGAUGGAGGAGGUGAUGGAGGAGGUGAUGGAGGAGGUGAUGGAGGAGGUGAUGGAGGAGGUGAUGGAGGAGUUGAUGGAGGAGGUGAUGGAGGAGGUUAUGGAGGAGGUGAUGGAGGAGGUGAUGGAGGAGGUGAGGGAGGAGGUGAUGGAGCAGGUGAUGGAGGAGGUGCUGGAGGAGGUGAUGGAGGAGGUGAUGGAGGAGGUGCUGGAGGAGGUGAUGGAGGAGGUGAGGUGA